UCGGUACAAGAAUUUAUGUCAUAACCGUUGACUGAGCACAAUUGCCGGCAGUUUAGCGCUAGAACGGUUGACUGGGAUGCAUUCCCGCCACCCUACCCCGUAAUGAAAAUGGAACCGGCAUCGCCGCCCGGUAACCCCGCCCCGCCCGCUAAUCUGAAGCGACCUUAAGCCAACCCAACCCAAGGUUAAAGAGAGGGCCGGUCUGCUAAACCCCGUAGAAGGGCAGGGUUUAGGUUUGAGCGGGUUUCGGGCGAGGCUCCGCGGAAGUGGGAAAUCCGAGUCCGGCUACAGUUUGGGCUUAAUCGUUGCUAACGGGGCGAGGGAGUGGCGCUUAAUUUUAGCGGGUGCUGCUAAAUCUGAACGAGCAGUGCGGAUAGGAUGAUGUUCAAGAAGGCGACCCCCAGCGAGCCCAUGAUCGAGCGCUGGGAGGAUCCGGGGACAAAUUGCUGAGAUCCUGCGCAAUGUGCGACGCUUGUUAGUGAGGGAAUGUCCGCCCGAGGCCUCGCCAACAUGGCGCUUCAGUUUGAGGUUUUGGCUCGUCACAAUCUGGCGCGGGCUUCGCGGCUCACUCUUCCUCAUCAUGUCGUUCAGACUCCCAUGUUUAUGCCAGUCGGCACUCAAGGUGUUAUCAAGGGAAUCACUUGCGAUCAGUUGGAGGACUUGGGAUGCCAAAUCAUAUUGGGGAACACUUAUCACCUUGCACUUAGGCCCGGUGCAGACCUCUUGGAACAGAUCGGCGGUCUUCAUAAAUUUAUGAACUGGCCCAGGGCUCUUUUGACUGACUCUGGUGGCUUUCAGAUGGUUUCACUCCUUCAUUUGGCAAACAUCACCGAAGAAGGAGUCACCUUUCAGUCUCCGGUGGAUGGAACGCCGAUGCUACUCACACCAGAAGAGUCAAUACAAAUACAGAACAAAAUAGGUGCAGAUAUUAUUAUGGCUCUUGAUGAUGUAGUAAAGACGACAACCACAGGGCCUCGAGUCGAAGAGGCCAUGCACCGUACAAUUCGAUGGAUUGACCGCUGUGUUGCUGCGCACUCAAGGCCAACGGAACAGAACCUUUUCGCGAUCGUACAAGGCGGCUUAGAUCAAAAUUUAAGAGCUCAGUGCCUAAAAGAGCUUGUCAAACGCAACCUUCCAGGCUACGCAAUCGGUGGUCUCUCCGGAGGUGAAGAAAAAGAUUCAUUCUGGAGGAUAGUAGCGCAAUGUACUGCAGGCCUUCCAGAAGACAAGCCUCGAUAUGUCAUGGGUGUUGGAUUCCCGCUCGAUAUCGUCGUAUGCAGUGCUCUAGGUGCAGACAUGUAUGAUUGCGUUUAUCCAACUCGCACUGGACGUUUUGGCUCAGCUCUCAUUCCCGAAGGUGUUUUGAAACUAACGAAUGCCAGUAUGGCGACAGAUAACCGACCUUUGGAUCCAUCGUGCACAUGCAUGGUGUGCAAAAAGUACACUCGAUCAUAUCUACACACCAUCGUGACUAAAGAGGCUCUGGGUUCCCAGCUGGUGUCUUAUCACAAUAUAGCCUACAUGAUGAAGUUAAGUCAAGAUCUUCACACGUCAAUUCUUGAAGGACGGUUUCCACGGUUUGUCCAAGACUUUCUGCAAAAGCAGUUUCCAAACGGGGAUGUACCAAAGUGGGUACGGAGCGCUAUGGAGGUUGCUGAAAUCGACAUUUCAAUGUGUUGUUCUUAAGAUUCUGAUCGCUUCCAGCUCUAUGAUAAGCAACAUUUGAAACCCAAAAACACACUGGACACACUUCGAAUUGAAAAACAUCCUGUCUUCAGCUCAUCAGCAGCCAUCGACUACUGCCCAGGGAGAUCGUGCACACGCGGCAGGAAUUUGAGGACAAUGCCUUCAUGUGUACAAGUCAAAAAGCCCACCUUUAAUUCUCCCUUAUGAAACCAAACUCAGUUCUCAGUGACUCUUGAAUUUGAAAGGAGCAGGCGGUGGAGAAGCUUACUUUUAGUCCGCCGAAAGACCUUCAAAAGUCUUCGAGUCUGAUUUAUGUCCUGGACAGCAGUAAGUUGUGAAGCUGUUUGAAGUCUUCAGUUUCUGCGUCUUUUUGUCACCGUACAGUGGAGAUUCAACUCGACAUUCGCAGAGGGCUGAAACUGUAGCCUCGCGACAAACUGAGGCCAGUAGAAUACAGAGAACCGUUUUCUCAGCAAUUCUUUGAAUUCUCAUGACAAUUCGGUCGAUGGCUUACAUGUCACAACGCAUCCUAGUUAAGUACAUGCAAUUGGAUACAUUCCAUGUUAUCAUUUGCUGUCCUGAUCUAAAUUUCAUCCAAAGAAGCUGACGGAAGUCGCCUCAAAGCAACCUUACGAUACUUUUGAGACCAUACGUUUCCGUUAGGCUCUCUUUUGUAAGUGAACCGCAAUAUUUGUUUACUACCGGUUUGAAAUGUGCAAGUUUAUACUUGAACGGUCUAUGGAGGCUCUUAGUUUUCAAAAGUGCUGUAGAUAAGAAAGAAAAGACCAGUACUUGAUUGAAGUGAACUAAUGUAGUAAGCCAUGAGGUUUGUCUGAUGAUUCCGCCAAUAUUUCGGCUUAA